UGAUGAUGAUGAAUCAUGUUUUUAACCAUUUCAGCUUCAACCACAGCUCCGUCUGGGAUCACAGCAUUAGGCACCACAACUUCAGCAUCAACUACCCUGCCGGCACUUGGAACCACUGCCACAACAACAGCAACCGGCCCGCCACCAGCCAUGAUUUCAAACAUAACCUUCGCGCAGUUAGAGGAGAACAUCAACAAGUGGACCAUCGAGCUGGAAGACCAGGAGGCCACGUUUAUAAACCAGGCCACGCAGGUCAACGCCUGGGACCGGCUGCUCAUCGCUAACGGAGAGAAGAUAGUAGAACUCAACGACGCGGUCCAGUCGGUCAAGAACGAGCAGGAAAGCCUGGAGCACGAAUUAGACUUCGUGCUCGCCCAACAACGCGAGUUAGAACAACUGCUCGCGCCGCUCGAGAAGCAACUGUUGGACGCCGCGCCCGACCGCCCGCGAGAUCCGGAGAUACAGCACAUGUACUCCUUGGCAGAGAAUCUGGACUCACAACUCAGGCAGAUGUCUGAAGACCUGAAGGAGGUCAUAGAACACUUGAACGAGACCAACAGGAGUCAGGACAGCAAUGAUCCUAUCGUGCAAAUAGGUCGGAUCCUCAACGCUCAUAUGUCGUCAAUGCAGUGGGUUGACUCCGCCAUAGCCCAAAUAUCCAGUCGUUUAGACGCGCUUAGAGCAACCCACGAUGAACUUCGAAGAGACAACGAAAGGUCCUUCCAUUUGACUUAUAAUUAGAUUAUUUUGGAGCUAGGAUUUUUUAAUAACCGUAUACUGUUGUUACGUUUACACAUAAACGGAUGUUGUAUUUUGUAUUAGAUUCCCAUAGCUGUCUGUUGUACGAAUUGUAAAGGACAAAAACCUUUCAAAAACAGUAUGUAUGUGGUGAUGAUUUGUAACAGAAAAUAUUAAGAUUUAUGUCAACAUCAGUAGUUUGGGACAGGGAAUUCAGUAUUUAUAAAUACCGUAGGAUACAAAUGACCCGUAAUUUUUUUACUCCAUCAAUUUUUUCCAUCAACUCUCUCUGCUCAUUGAAUAACCUGAUAUUGCAAAAUGAAACCUUAUUUACAAAAGACACUUCUUUUUACCUUUCUUUCGAAUUCUCUCAGUCCUAAGCUAUUUUCUCGCCAAUGGUUUGAAGAAAUGAAUCAACAUGCCUUGCACAAUUUCAUAAAAUUAUCAUUUUAGGUAGUCAUCUAAUUAAUGUAAUCCAAAAACUGGACUGGAAUAUUCCCAUAUGCCUAAUUAUAAAGUUACUGUCAUAUUUUGUACAAGAUUUAAGUCCCAAUGGUUUCUGUACUAUAAUAAAGAAGAAUAGAUAGUCUGAUUAAUAAUAUUAUGUAUUUGAAACAAUAAUGUAUCCAGUGGUCAUAAUUUAAUG